GAGAGAAAGAGGUGGGAGGGAAAGCAACAUUGGGUGUCUUAUGGGACAGAUAAAAGAGGACACCAUAAAAUCUGUCAGUGAAACAUCCUAAGUCUGCCAGGUAGUUGAAACUUUCGACAUGCACAAUUCUUCACCCACUGCUUCUGACACAAGUGUAUAGUCUUGGAUAAAGGAAUUCUCUUUUAAAUAAAAGACCCCAUCAUUCAGGAAACAGGAAAAUGAGCCCUCUUCCUUCAACGUUUUUCUUCAGCCUUUGUUUGCCUCUUUAUUUGUCAGUGCCUGAGCGCAACCUGAUCCAGUUCAGAGAGAUGAUCAAGUGCACUCUACCAAACAGCAACCCUCUGCUGGAAUUUGGAGACUACGGCUGCUACUGUGGGCUUGGAGGAGGAGGCACACCGGUUGACGACCUGGACAGGUGCUGUGUGGUGCAUGACGACUGCUAUGGCCUUGCUCAGAACCACAGUGCCUGCCAGUCUACUUUGGACAGUCCCUACACAAACUUCUAUGACUUCACCUGCAAUGAGACCAGCAAGACAGUCUCAUGCUUGUCCAGCAAUGAUGAGUGUGACAUGUUCAUUUGUGACUGUGACAGAGUGGCGGCCGAAUGUUUCGCCGGUGCUCCCUACAAUGCAUCCAACAAUAACCUGCCCAGCGGGACCUGCAGCGCUGCACUGGGUCCACCCUUCCCGUCCGUCUCUGUCUGUCCCAUGACUGCCCUCGUCUUCCUCCUACUCACAGUACUACAGAGGAAUCUUUCAUAUUGACCACUGGAAAUGCAGUAGCCUAUGCUCUGUCUGUGAGGGGCAGAUAUGGACAUGGUCACUGCGCUGGUUAUUAGAAACCAUUGCCCUCAGGAGGAUCAUGAUGAAUAUGAUGUUCAUGUGAAGAAAAUGAUGUAGCCUAAUCAAUCCAACAGUGGUAAAGAAAAUUGACUGUAUGAGCAAACAGGAUGUAGAAUUGACAAGUUCUCAUUUUUUUCUGUAAUUCAUGUUUUGCAUGUAGCCCUGUAUUUAUUGAUUAUUGCUAUGUAGGUUAUGUAUUUAUUGUAAGUGUCUCUGGAUUACUUAUAACAGUUCUAGGAUAUUGCAAAUAUUUAUACUGUGGUAAAGCAUUCACAGUAUUGUCAAGCAAGCACAAGGGAGCCAAAUAAAAAGUGUUUGUCGAUGUGGUAGAUGACAGAUGAUGAUAUCGUAAUGCAAAUUUAUAAAAUAAAUUGUUGAACCCUA